AUGGCGUUCGGCGAUCCCGAGGCGGUGCGGGUGACGGGGGAGGUGCGGCUGAGUGCGGACGAGUCGCACUUGUUCAGCACUCUGAGGGACGUGGUGUCGCACUACGGACUGGGCACACAGCUGCGCGUGGCGGGUGGAUGGGUGCGCGAUAAGCUGAUCGGGCGCGACUGCAUAGACAUUGACAUAGCUCUGGACAACCUGCUGGGGAGGGAGUUUGCAGAGAAGGUCACCGAAUACCUCAAGGAGCGAGGGGAGGUCGUGCGGGGCGUGGGGGUCAUCCAGAAGAACCCCGACCAGUCGAAGCACCUGGAGACGGCGACGAUGAUGAUUCACGGCAUGUGGAUCGACUUUGUGAACCUGCGGGCCGAGGAGUACGCCCACGACUCCAGAAUCCCUCACACCAUUGAGUUUGGGACAGCAGAGGAGGAUGCUCUGAGAAGGGAUUUGACGAUCAACAGCAUGUUUUACAACAUCAGCACGGAGCAAAUCGAGGACCCCACUGGGCGAGGAAUCGCUGACCUGAAUGGGGGCAUCAUUCGCACGCCUCUCCCUCCCCACCAGACCUUUCUCGACGACCCUCUCCGAGUGCUUCGGGCUGUCAGGUUCGCUGCCCGAUUCGGCUUCUCAUUGGACGAGGAGUUGCGGGCAGCUGCAGCUUCGGAGGAGGUUCGGACAGCGCUAGGAAACAAAGUCAGCAAAGAGAGGAUCGGAAAAGAGGUAGAGCUGAUGCUGAAGUCACGCGAUCCCUACGCAGCAAUCUCCCUGGUGGUCGACCUGAACCUCUUCCCCACCGUCUUCCCGCUCCCCCACGCCCCCUCGCACACUGCUGAUGUGCCCCCUGACGACGAGUUACCUGGCCUCUGUGAAGCUUCAUUUGCAGCCACUUGCACACGCCUGCACCAAUGGGAGAAACACCUGCCCCAGGCUCUGAUUGAUCACUUGUCGGACCUUAGUGUGGGGCUGCUGCUGGCGGCGCUGCUGAUGCCUCUCAGGCACGCCCACUACCUGGAUAAGAAGAAGAAAGAGGUGCCAUUUGCACAACACAUUGUUUUGGACUCACUCAAGCUCAAACGAGCAUAUGCUGAAAUGGUGGUGCUGCUGCAUGCAGCAGCGGAGGACUUCACUGCCCUGGCGCCCCUGCUGGCCACAGCAGGGGCAGAGGGAGCAGGGGCAGCAGUAGGAGGAGUGGGUGAUGAAGCUCGAGCUCUCACGCUGAUCCAACCCCCACAUGAGGAGUUCCGAGGCAACCCAAGAGUGCUGGCAGGUGCGCUGGGUGCUGGCAGGCAAGCUCCUCCGCAAGGUGAAGGGCUGCUGGCCGUCCGCUGUGCUGCUAGCGUCCACUCUGCCCCUUGCUCUGAAGCCCUUCUUCCCAAACCCCCCCUGCUGCCCCCCUUCACUCAAAUCCACCUGUCCUUCGAAAUCCCCUCUCCUCCCUCCCCAGGCAAGCUGCUCCGCAAGGUGAAGGGCUGCUGGCCAUCCGCUGUGCUGCUGGCCUCGACUCUGCCGCCCGUUUCAUCGGCCGCCCGCAGUGAACAGUGUGGGCGGGAGGGGGAGGGGGCAAAGGGGGAGAGAGGCGAGGGAGAGAGGGAAGAGGAGGAUUGCAAGAGGAGGCGGAUGGAGGGGAAGGAAGGGGGUGCAGGAGAGGAUGUGGGGAGUGGAAGGAAGGGGUGUGAGCAGAGCGAGUUUUAUCUGCAAGUUCUACAAGCGGUGCAUGCCAUGGGUUUGGAUGGUGUGUGGGACACGAAGCCCAUACUGAAUGGCCGGGAUGUGGUUGCUGCUCUGGAGCUCAAGAAAGGCGACCCACGUACCGGAUACUGGAACCCCGCAUUUGAGCGGGGCCCUCAGUCUACCUGGCCUUCUCCAUUUUCAGGUCGACCCGAAGCGCCUGCAGCCAUGUUGGCCAUUUUCCAGAAGUCGAUAGGCGAGGCGCCGCAGGAGCUGAUGGCGCCGAAGCUGAACCGGUCGGCGUCCAUGUCGGGACGGCUUGACGCGAAGGAGAUCCUCCACGGCUUCAAGAAGGCGCACCCGGGCGCCGUGCUUAUGCAGUUUGACGAGCAACACGCUAUCGCGUACACCCACGACAUGCAAGACUUUCUCAUGCCCAGGCAAUUCGCGGCGUGCGACGACGUGUUCUGCGCGUUCGCCGGCAACAUCGAGAACCUGGCGCAGCUGCGGCAGCGGUACGGGCUGGACCGGCACGUGAGCGAGGUGAAUCUGAUCAUCGAGGCGUACAAGACGCUGCGCGACCGCCGCCCGUACCCGCCCGACCAGGUCAUCGCGGAUCUCGCAGGCGCGUUCGCGUUCGUGCUGUACGACAACAAGGCCAAGACGGUGUUCGUGGCGCAUGACGCGCAAGGCAAGGUGCCAUUGUACUGGGGCAAGUGCCUGGACGAUGGAGUGCUCGCCUUCUCCGACGACCCUGCUGUACUCAAAGCCGGCACCGGCUCUUCCUUCGCCCCGUUCCCUCUCGGCUGCUUCUACUCGUCUGACGGUGGGCUGCGCAGCUUCACGGACCCAGAGAAGCAGCUCAAGGCCAUUCAGCACGUGGACAGCCAGGGGGAGCUGUGUGGUGCCACCUUCAAGGUAGACAGCCAGCAGGACCUCACUCAGAUGCCUCUAGACUCCAAGGACGACAGUGGACGGGGCUGGUCGUAA